AGAAUGUGGACUGACAGUGAAGCAUGCAAGCGGGGACGCAGCGAAGUACGCAUUGUCUGAGCCAACGACCUGCGUGGUUGUGGCAGCGACAGUCGGGGAAAUCGAAGGACUCGAAUCUGUCUGUGUUGUGUGUGUGUGUGACGGGUGUGAUCGAGCGUUUCAGCCGCAGAGUCUGUUCGGCGUGCACAGUGUAGCUUGCGCCGCGACGCCAUUUCCCGUCUGUCUCAGUGGCUUCAAUCCGUAAGCAACCAUACAGACCGCGGUCUCACUGCGCAUGCUAGCAGUGUUCGAGUAAACGCGGUACGCAUCGGCUUCCGCCGCCUCUUCGGUCAGGCCGCUCGUGCGCCCUGAAACGACCUUGACUGCGCCGACGCAGUGAUCCCGGUAACCCCGCCCGCGCCCUCCUCCCUUUCGUUUCGCUCUCUCGCGCUAGCAGCGAUAACGGCCAGCGGCAUUGUAACACACGACCCGAUGAGUUGCAGCGAUUUAGCUGCCAGUGGAGCGCGAAAGCUGCCGGUCAUGUUACCCUGCGCCUACUUCGUGGCGAGCCAGGUGAAGCGAUGCCUAGAAAAUAACAUUCCGGAGUUGGUGCGAGUCCUGGAAGAAGGAUUCCGUCGUCUCGCCUUGGGUCCCGAAGGGGGCAUCGUGCAGCCGCAGAGACACAUCGUGCCUGUCAAGGAUGCCAGCGGGGAGCUGCUGUCUAUGCCGGCUUACAUCGCGUCCGGCCAAGCACUGGCCACCAAGGUGAUCACCAACUACCCGAACAACAGGUCGCCCCUGCCGAGCAUCCAGGGCGUUGUGCUCCUCUUCCAUGCCGGCACCGGGGCCCUCAAGUGCGUGAUGGACGCGAUAGAAAUCACCGCCUACCGCACAGCUGCGGCGUCAGCCGUGGCCACUAAGUACCUCGCCACCGAGGGCCCGAAGAUCCUCGCAGUCUUGGGCGCAGGGACGCAAGCGAGGAGCCACGCCCGCAUCAUGGCCACCAUGUUUCGUUUUGAACAGGUGCGCAUCUGGAACCACCGCGAGUCGUCGGCCGCGUCCCUCGUGCAAGAGCUCGCCGCCCGCGGCAUUCCGGCGCGCUACGAGGCGUCUGCAGAGGAUGCCGUGCGCGACGCCGACGUCGUCGUCACCGCCACCUCGUCUCCCAAGCCGGUCCUGCAGGCCGGCUGGCUCAAGAAGGGCGCCCACGUCAACGCGGUGGGCGCUCCCCGCCCCGACUGGCAGGAGCUGAGCGAGGAGUUGAUGCGCCAGGCGGUCGUCUACGUGGACAGCACCGAAGGCGCACGCGCAGAAUCCGGUGACGUCAUCAUAUCCGGGGCUGAUAUCUUCGCCGAGAUUGGAGAGGUCGUGCUGGGUGCAAAGGAGAACCGGCGCUCCGACACGACAGUUUUCAAGUCGCUGGGCAUGGCGAUGGAAGAUGUUCUGGCAGCCGACCUUGUCUACCGUCACUUAACGAAUGAUGAGAGCUGAAUGAAGAAGAAAAGGAGAAAGGGAGGAAGAAAAGAAAGCUGGCUGUACAUGUAACGUGCAGAAUGGUCUGACGACCUUAAUAAGGCGCACCCCUUGCAGAUAAAAUAAAGCAACGUAAUGCUGCAA